AUGGCUGCCAUCGCCAGAACCCCCUCCAGAGCCUCGUUCGACUACUCGCCUGCCCCCAAUAGACUUCCCUUCAACGCCAACCACUCCAUCUACGCCCACACAGGCCCCAGCAUCGAUCCCAAUGCCCACGACCCUCGUCGCCAGUCGACUGCUUCGUUGUUCUCCUUGAGCUCCUCCUACAACUACGACACCAUCGAGGACACCCCCAUAGGCAUCUUUGGCAUCUUGGUCAUUGUCUGCUCCACUGUUGGUGGCCUCCUCUUUGGCUACGACACCGGUGUCAUCUCAGGCUGCUUGGUGCUUAUCGACAACGACUUGGGCAGAGAGUUGAGCUCCUGGGACAAAGAGUUAAUUACCUCUAUAACUUCUGUUGGUGCCUUGCUUGGCUCAAUAGCUGCUGGGUUGACCUCUGAUAUCAAGCGAUUUGGCAGAAAAUUGACCAUCGUCCUAUGCUGCCUUGUUUUCAUCUUAGCAGCCAUUGAAAUGUCGUUGGCAACCUCUGUUUUGCUUUUGGUUAUUGGACGAUUCAUCGCUGGUGUUGCUAUUGGUUUGGCUUCUGUUUCGGUUCCAAUUUACAUCUCUGAAUUGUCUCCAUCAAAGAUAAGAGGAUUGCUAAUCGCAUUGAAUUCGUUGUCGACCACUGGGGGCCAGUUCUUAGCUUAUCUAGUUUCAAACCACUUGAAAAACAUCAACAAUAACUGGAGAUGGCUAUUCUUAAUCUCUGGGCUACCCCCCUUGGUUUUUCUACUCAUCUCAAAAUUCAUGCCAGAAUCACCAAGGUUUUUGAUUUCAACUGGUCAAUUGAAAAAGGCUGAAUUGUCACUAAAAAAACUAUUUCCUCACGCCAAAGAAAGCCAGUACCACGACAAAAUUGUACUAAUCCAAAAUGACGUUUCAAGAAACAAAAAUCUUUCCAAGAAAAACUGGUAUGACAGAACUUUCAAAAUACUCAGCACAAGAAGAGCGUUACUAGUAGGAAUCUCGUUAAUGAGUUUCCAACAACUAUGUGGGUUCAAUGCAUUCAUGUAUUACUCGGCUACAAUCUUCAAGAAAACUGGUUUCAAUGAUCCAAUUUUGAUUUCCAUUUUCAUUGCCGGAAGUAACUUUUUUUUCAGCUUCAUUCCAAUUUUCCUAAUUGAUAUAAUAGGAAGAAGAAAACUACUACUAUACACUGUAUGGAUAAUGUCAAUCUCCUUGUUUGUGGCUUCAGUAGUCUAUCUAUCUCUAAAAUCAGACGAAUAUAACAAUCUCGACAUCGAUAAUGACCACUACAAAUACGUUAUCCUACUAAUAUCCAUAAUCACAUUUGUUGGCUCCUAUGCUUCUGGUUUAGGCACUGUUCCCUGGACAAGCGUUGAGUUUUUGCCAGUCGAAGCUCGAAGUAUCGGUUCAACUCUAAUCAGCAGCUCAAACUGGAUUUGCAAUACUUUAAUCUCCUCCACUUAUCUAUCUCUAAUCAAAUACACCAAUCCAAGCUUUACAUGUCUAUUGUUUUCCCUAAUUUGUUUUCUUGGAUGGUUUGGAAUAUACAAUUACUAUCCUGAUGCAACCGGCCUAGCGUUGGAAAAUAUCAGAAAAAUAUUCGAAAAUGGGAUUGACAUCAAAUUGGCUGAUGAAUUACGAAGAGAAAUAAAACUGAAUAAAUACGAGAAUUUCAAUUCAAUUAGCAAUAUCAAUUCUCAAAAUGAAAGAUUAUUAUCUAAUUCAUAG